GGGGUCCAAGAGUUCAGGUCGAGUGUUUGGGAGCGGAACGUAAAGCCCGGGCGCGGAGCGGUCGGGUGGGGGGACGCACAGUCGGGUACACAAGGGCCGGCAGGAUGGGUUCACUGCUGUGGAGAGUCGCCGGAGCUCCGACUGUGAAAUCAAUAUGCCUACGCCAACUGCACACUGUCUAUCAGAUGGUCGAGCUUCCAGAAACUCAUCAGUUGUUGAGGGACACCUGCAGAGGCUUUGCAGAAAAGGAGCUUGUUCCGAUUGCUACACAGCUGGACAGAGAACACAAAUUUCCUGCAGAACAGGUAAAGAAGAUGGGAGAACUUGGCCUUUUAGCAAUGGAUGUGCCUGAGACAUAUGGUGGAGCAGGACUGGAUUACCUGGCAUACGCCAUUGCCAUAGAAGAGAUAAGUCGGGGCUGUGCUUCCACUGGCGUCAUCAUGAGUGUAAAUAAUUCUUUGUAUUUGGGUCCAAUUCUGAAAUUUGGUUCAGAAGAACAAAAACAUAAGUGGAUAACCCCAUUCACAGAUGGAACUAAAAUUGGCUGCUUUGGCCUGAGUGAGCCAGGGAAUGGAAGUGAUGCCGGUGCAGCCUCAACCACUGCCAGGCUGGAUGGUGACAGCUGGAUUUUAAAUGGCACAAAGGCUUGGAUCACAAAUAGCUGGGAUGCUUCAGCUGCAAUUGUCUUCGCCACCACAGACAAAUCACUCAAACACAAGGGAAUAAGUGCUUUCUUGGUUCCGAUGCCUACACCAGGGCUAUCCUUGGGAAAGAAAGAAGAUAAAUUGGGAAUUAGAGCAUCUUCCACUGGAAACCUAAUUUUUGAAGACUGCAGACUUCCUCGGGACAACAUAUUGGGUGAACCAGGACUUGGAUUCAAAAUAGCCAUGCAAACGCUGGAUGCAGGCCGGAUUGGUAUUGCCUCCCAGGCUCUUGGAAUUGCACAAGCAGCUCUGGACUGUGCUGUGGACUACGCUGAGAAAAGGAUGGCAUUUGGCUCACCUAUUUCCAAACUCCAGGCCAUACAGUUCAAAUUAGCUGACAUGGGUCUGGCACUAGAGAGUGCUCGCUUGUUGACUUGGAGAGCCGCUAUGCUGAAGGAUAAUGGAAAAUCAUAUAUAAAGGAAGCUGCAAUGGCCAAGCUGGCAGCAUCUGAGGCUGCAACAUCUAUUGCUCAUAAAGCCAUGCAAAUUCUUGGAGGUAUGGGCUAUGUAACGGACAUGGCAGCAGAGAGGCACUAUCGUGAUGCCCGCAUAACCGAAAUCUAUGAAGGAACCAGUGAAAUCCAGCGCCUGGUCAUAGCCAACCAGUUACUAAAAGUGUACAAAGGUUAAGGGUGUCCUUGUGAACGAUCUGCUCACAAAUCUGAAACAGUUUAAUUUAACAGUUCUGAUAAGCAGCAACUGAAAUUCUAAUCCAAUGCUGUUGCUCUUAUGAAAUUUUGAUAUCACAAGUAUGGAGAAGUUUUUUUUGCAAAUCGGAAAUAAAGUUGUUAGGAUAUAAAGUAAGCUGAUCUAAGAUCUCAGAACAUUGCAAGAGAGCUCCACAGCCAUGGAUCACAUUUCAAAUCAAAAGGAAACUUGGAAUGUUUUUUCGGUUGAAACCUUCAGUGGUUUUUAAACCUAAUUUACGUUACCCUGCCAAGUGACCUGGUGUUGCUGGGAAGUUUGCAUUAUUUGCUCUCUUCCUCUCAUGUUGAGAUAACAGAUGGGCUCCAUAGCCCUGAAUGCUCACUCCACAACUGUAAAAUUAUACCAAAGCUGAAGGAAUCGGCGAUGGAGAUGGUUUCCAAUGAGACCUAAAUUUAUAAACAAGAUUAAAAGGUAUGCUCACAGAAGUUCACUAAAUCUAGUGAGGCAGUCUUCCCUGUGAUGUGGAUAUUGUAAUGAUAUUCUGUCUGAUUUUUACUUCCUGCAUUACUAAUACACAUCAAUUUCUAUUUCAUAAAAUGUGAUUGGGUUCUUAUUACUGCUUCAGUCAAGUAGAAAAAAGAUGGUAAACAUAUUUUCUCCUUGACAACUUUUAAUUUGGUAUUGUUAUUUAACAACUGAAAUUCUCACUAAAAUGUCAUCGAGUUCCCUGGUUGCAGUAAGCACAUUAUUGUAAUUUCUUACCAGAAUCUGCUACUGGAUCAGUAAUUGAAAAUACUGCUAGCUGUUGCAGACUGAAUUAAUAAAAUAUAUAUAUUUAACAGA